AUGAGAUAUGCAGUGGUUAAUCUGGAAGGAAAAGCAUUACAGUGGCAUCAGGGUUAUCUUAGAAGUAACAAUCUGACCAUUGAUACUGUGAGUUGGGAAGACUAUAGCCGAUCUGCUACUGCAAGGUUUUCAAUGGAUCUUUUGGAAGAUGCCAUGGAGGAGUUAAAGAACCUGCAUCAAACAGGAAGUCUACAAGACUACUGUGACGCCUUUGAUGCAUUGUUGAACAAGGUAAAUAUACCACAAGAUUAUGCUAUGAGUAUGUUUGUAGGAGGGUUAAGAAUGGAAUUAAGAUGUCUUGUAAAAGCUUUUAAACCAAGAAACUUAAGAGAAGCUUAUGCAAUCACCAAACAACAGGAGAACUUACAUAAUAUCCUAUUUGGAAACCUGCACAAUAAGAAAUACACUGCUACCAGUUCAAACUAUAAUCAAAGAACCUAUAACAACCAAUUGAAACCACCACCCACUAUGAAUGCCAAUAGUUUACCCUUGUUACCUACUCCAAAAGCUGUUACUUAUGUCCCUGCAAAAACUACAAGAAGGCUUACCACCAAGGAAAUGGCUGAGAAAAGGGAGAAUGGGGAGUGUUUCUGGGGCAAUGAAAGAUUUACACCAAGUCAUAAUUGCAGAAAUAAGCAGUUAUUCAAUCUGGAGUUGUCUGAUGAUACAGAAGAAGAGGAGCUUGUGAUAGAAGAAGAAGUUGUGGAAGAGAAUCCUCACAUUUCAUUGCAUGCAAUCACAGGUAUUCCUUCAUUUUCAACAAUGAAGAUCACAGGAUCAAUGGGUACCAGGAAACUGUUGAUUCUAACAGAUUCUGGGUUAACCCAUAACUUCAUCGAUGUCAAGUUGAUUAAGAAGUUGCAAUGUGACUUACAGAAGGUUAAACCCAUGAAAGUGACAGUAGCAAAUGGAAAUCAGUUGGAAUGUGGUCUUAAGUGUAAAAACUUCAAAUGGAUGAUGCAAGGGGUGUGGUUCAUGGCUGAUGUUUUGGUCUUACCCUUGGAAAACUAUGAUAUGGUAUUAGGGGUUCAAUGGUUGGCAACUUUAGGAGACAUAAUCUGGAAUUUCACUGAUUUGACCAUGAAAUUUAAGAUCAAUGAGAAGGAGUAUGUGUUGAAAGGUACUGAGAAUAACAAAAUGGAAGUAUGUUCAAAUGAUAAGAUGGCUAACUUGUUGAACAGCAUGACAGGGGUGGUUCAGUCCCAGAUUUUUGGUCUGCAAUUACUACAAGUGGAAGGUCAGGGAGCAUUUGGUUCAACUGUGUCUGAACCAGUGAUUGAUGAAAAGUUGCAAGCAAUAAUAGAAGAAUAUGAUGAUGUUUUUCAAAUUCCGAAUGCUCUACCACCUAAAAGUUCUUGUGAUCAUCAAAUUACUUUGGCCAAUGAGAACAAGCCAAUCAACUUGAGGUCUUACAGAUAUCAGGCAUUACAGAAAGAUGUUAUUGAAAAAAUGACUCAAGAAUUGCUGGAUUCUGGGGUGAUAAGGGAAAGUAAAAGUGCUUUUGCUGCACCUGUUGUGUUAGUCAAAAAGAAAGAUGGCACUUGGAGAAUGUGA